AUGCUCACCAAAGGCUGGCUUUUGCACAUUGCCCUUGCAAUGGUCCUGGUCAUUGAAGCUUCAUCUCAGGACUGUGGCCAACUGCUCACUAGGCUACGGGAAGCCAACCAGGCCCACCUGGAGCUUCUGAACAGCAAAAUGGGGUCCACCCAGCAGUGCAACGAUGAUCUAAUCAGCUACUCUCCCAAGGAGGAUCUCCCCACCAAUAUUGGUGUCUCUGAGGAGGAAAAUGUCAAGGCAGCCAUUCAAGAAGCCCUCCAGCAAACAGGCCACAUCUUCAGGCAGAACUAUACUGCAUUGGCUUGGGAUGAGGAUUCCAUACGCGCUUUCCGUGCUGGACUGGAUCAGCAAAGUGAGAACCUGAAGAGCUGCUUGAGUGCAUCUCCAAGGAGUCAGAGAACUCAGCUCACCAGGCUGAAAGUGAAAAGAUACUUCCGAAGCCUGAGUGACCUCCUGAAAGAGAAAGCAUAUAGCCGGUGUGCCUGGGAGAUUGUCCAGAUCCAAGUCAAGCAAUGUUUUCUCUGGAUUGAGAUGAUCAUCCCAAUCAUCCCAAGAUAUGGUAUGGAAGAGCAAAUUCCUUUACAGAUAUAA